AUGAAUGAAAAUUCCAAUCUUAAGUCUCUCAAAAUCAUCCAUUAAAUCAUCAUCUUCAAACUCCGCCAAUAAUUCUUCUCUCCUUCAUUCCCAAACACAAACACCAUACCAACACCUGAGAAGCCUCUUCCUUUCGCUGGAAUUAAUGGGGAACGAAAGGACUGCAGCCGUCUACUCCUCUGCUCACACCCGGAAGCCUCCUUCACCGGGAGAAAACACCCCCCUCCUCGGUGGCGGACGGCCUCGGUCCUCUCAAGCAAAGACCUUCGCCAACGUCUUCAUCUCAAUCGUCGGCGCCGGUGUUCUCGGCCUUCCUUAUGCCUUCAAGCGCACCGGAUGGGUUAUGAGUCUCAUGAUGCUCUUCUGCAUCGCCGCCGUCACUUAUUACUGCAUGAUGCUUCUCGUCUACACUCGUCGGAAGCUCGUCGCCGACGGUUCCUCCGAGAUCAAUUCUUUUGGUGAUUUGGGAUUUACAAUCUGUGGCUCAUCUGGCCGGAUGAUCGUUGAUAUUCUAAUUAUUUUAGCUCAAACCGGCUUCUGCGUUGGGUAUUUAGUCUUCAUCGGCAAUACGAUGAGCACUUUGUUCAACUCAUCCUCCAAGGCUUUAGGCUCUGAUUUUCUGGGAGCUUCCCCUAAAAUCUUAUACAUAAUUGGCUGUUUACCCUUCCAAUUGGGUCUGAAUUCGAUCAAAUCCCUUACUCAUUUGGCUCCAUUGAGUAUUUUUGCAGAUGUAGUUGAUCUAGGGGCUAUGGGAGUGGUGAUUGUUGAAGAUGUUUCUGUUUUCUUAAAGAAUCGGCCUCCAGUGGAAGCUUUUGGAGGAUUAUCAGUUUUCUUCUAUGGCAUGGGAGUAGCUGCUUACGCCUUUGAAGGAAUCGCCAUGAUUCUCCCUCUAGAAUCAGAGAUGAAAGACAGAGAUCAAUUUGGUAAGAUCUUAGGUUCUUCAAUGGCGUUUAUUGCUGCUCUAUAUGGUGGAUUUGGGGUUCUGGGUUACUUUGCUUUUGGACAAGAAACAAGUGAUGUGAUAACUUCAAACAUGGGUCCUGGAUUAUUAAGCGCCAUUGUUAAACUAGGUCUCUGUAUAAACUUAUUCUUCACUAUGCCAUUGAUGAUGAAUCCAGCUUAUGAGAUUAUAGAGAGAAGAUUCUCAAGAGGAAGAUACUGUGUUUGGCUGAGAUGGUUACUUGUUGUAUUAGCAACUUUAGUGGCUAUGUGGGUUCCUAAUUUUACAGAUUUCUUGUCAUUGGUUGGAAGUGGAUUGUGCUGUUCAUUAGGUUUUGUUCUUCCUGCUUUCUUCCAUCUACUGGUUUUCAAAGAAGAAAUGGGAUGGAAAGGAUGGUGUGUAGAUUUGUUCAUUGUUGUUUCUGGGAUUGUUCUUGGAGUUGCUGGAACUGUUAGUGCUGUUGAACAGAUGUAUUUUGCUAAAGAAACUUCUUCAAUUUCAGCUUACAAAUGGAAGUAGUAAUUUAAUUCUCUUGAGAUUUCAUUCAAAGAUGAAAAAUGAUGGGGUUGGUCUCUUUUGCAAAGGAACUCAGCUUAGUUUCUUCAUAUCAUCCAUCUUCAUCAUGCAAAGCUUCAAGGAGAUUCAUCAAUGGAGGUUUGAUGUUAUUUUGUUCCUAUUUAAUGAUUUCAAGAAGGUUUAAUUAUGGAAAUAUUAUGGCAUUGAGUAUAUGUGGUUAAGAAUAAUCUUAAGAUUUUGUUUAUAGUUUAUACUUGAAAUAAUGUAUUUGUAUUGUACAAUGGAUUUGAAAUUAAAAGUUGUUGAUUAUUAUUUUCAACAAUUUCAUUUGUUUGUGGGUU